GUGACCCGUGACCCGUGAAAUAUCGCCCUCGUUUCUCAUCGUCAUCGACUGUAAAAACCCUUUCCCUAAAAUCUCCACCGAUUCUUGGCGAGGCCGACUGCCUCCAGCGUCCAGCCGACUGUCUCCGGCGUCAAGCCGACCAGCCCAGCCCUUGUGCUUUCACGAUACCUCUUCUCCGUUCUUUCUCAUAGACUGAAAGGGACCCUAAAAUCUCGAUCCAUUGCCUUUCCAACGAGCUCGUCGCCGGCCUCGAUUUCCUCAUCGACCUCCCCAACUGCCGCUCUUUCUUCCACGCUUCCGACGGCCGCCUCUCCGACGGCCGCCUCGUCCUCGACUUCCUCAGUAAGUCUUUCGACCACUGCCAAAAUCUUGUAAUUAGCCUCAUUCUGAGGCUGUUCGAUCUUUCGCUUAGUGGGUUAGUGUAAAACCAUGCUUGUAAUGCUAGUUACAAUGUUAAAUUACAAUAGGCGUACGAACGAUCAGAUGGGAAUGGUGAUGCAAGGAUGAUUAUGACAGUCCAAGAGAGGUUGGAAUUGAAGUUUUGUAAGGAUGUAAGAGUAAACAACGUAAAAACUAGGGAGAAGGAAUCAAGGAAGGAAAGAUGGCAAUAAAGGUGAUCUGGGGGAGUGGGUUGCAGUUGCAGAGAUGAGAAGAGAGGAAAUUUGGCAGAGUGCAGACUAAGAUCGGUUAAGCUUCAAUUUGGUUGUGUUUAUAUGUUGUAGAUUGUGUUUCGAUUUGGUUGUUUUUAUAUGUUGUAGAUUGUGUUUCGAUUUGUUUAAGCUUUUGGUGACAUUCAAACCUAUACAAUUAACACAUUGCAUGUUUCCUCUUCUGAAAUCAGUGCGGGAAGGUCGAGAUAGUGUGAAUUUGCUCGAGAGAAUUGAGAAGUUAGAAGAGGAUUUGAGAAGUACUGCUACCAUCGUUAGGGUUUUGUCAAGGCAGCUUGAGAAGUUGGGGAUCCGGUUCAGGCUUACCAGGAAGGCUUUGAAAGAGCCUAUAGCUGAGUUAGCAACAAUCCCAUGGAUGUCUCCACCAAUGCACCUUCUCAAGGAAAUCUUCCGUUGGAAGUUGAUGAAAAUGAAGAAGGUACAUUCGGAACUUCAGCUGUAUGGGCGCAUCAUAAUAGAAUGAAUUGGUCGGAUAAGGAAGCUUUUGUUGGAAGUUGAUGAAAAUGAAGAAGGUACAUUCGGAACUUCAGCUGUAUGGGCGCAUCAUAAUAGAAUGAAUUGGUCGGAUAAGGAAACUAGAAAAGCUGCUUGCAAAUAUUGUUCAUCAACGUUAAAAUAUCCAUCUACUUUUGGAACAAGUGAUUUGAAAAUGCAUUUGCAAAGAUGCAAAAACUAUCCUUAUAGUAUUUAUAAUCUGAAGAAGUCUAGAACUCUUGGCGCUUAAAGUACCAGUACUACAACUCAGGGUACUAGUAGUGCAUAUCCUACUUUACACCUCACACAUAUGAUCUAGUCAUCUCAAGGAUGAAACUUGCUAGAAUGAUCAUUAUUGACGAGUCAUCUUUUAGGCAAGUUGAGCGUGAAGGCUUCCUUGACUUUGUCAAUUCGCUAAGACCUGAGUUUCACAUCCCUUCUAGGAUCACCAUAGCCAAAGACAGUUUUAAGUUGUUUUUGGCUGAGAAGGAGAAGUUGAAAAAUUACUUCAAGCAGUCAUAGAUUUGAGUUUGCCUCACAACUGACAUCUAGGCAAGUAGAUAUCAUUUGGACUACAUGAGUUUUACUGCUCAUUUCAUUGAUAAUGAAUGGAAAAUGCAGAAAAGAAUUCUCAACUUCUCUCCUAUUCCUAAUCACACGGGUCUCACGUUGGAAAAACGGUUGAAAACACUUGCUUAAUUUGGGAAUUGACAGGGUUCUAACCGUGACAGUGGAUAAUGCAAGUUCGAAUGAUGUGGGCAAUUCCAGUAUCCACUGUUGCAUCUGAGUCUGCUUUCAGUAGCGAGGGACGCGUUUUAGAUGCAUUUCGGAGUUCUUUGACUCUCUUGGUUGUUGAAGGUUUAAUUUGUGGUCAAAAUUAACUUCGAUUGAGUACUCUUCCCAUUGACAUGGAAGAGAAUUUUGAAGAAAUCAAAGAACUUGAA